ACUGCGCGACACAGGCGAAAUAUACGGUGCGAUACACGUGAGUGUUAACCAUCUAAAAGUGUCGGUGUUAUCUUUUAGAUUUAGUUUUAUUAAAGGCUACGAUUAGCAAUUUUACUAUACCAUUUCGCAUACCACACAUGAUCUACAAUUAUCUCAGAAGACUCCUCAUCAAAAGCAGUUUGCUACGUAUUCAAUUAGAUCCAUUUGAUCGUCCUGUUAUCUCCCGGUAUCAACAUCAUACCCCUCCCCGCACCAUGGAGGAGGAUGCCGUCAGGACAUCUGAAGAGGGUACAGGUGACACCGUGAAGGAGUCCCCGGCGGCAGAGGGGACAGGUAAACGCAAGAGCGAGGAGGCGGACGCACCUGAGAAGAGCUCACGAGGGAAGAGACGCCGAGGUGGCGGUGGGAAGAAGCCGCGUCCCGGGGAGAGGUUCAUCCCACCGCCGCAGAAGAGGAACCCCGGGGUCAGCUUCAGCCAGGAACACUUUAACGAGACCACACAUUAUUUCGAAGGGGGUCUCCGCAAAGUCCACCCCUAUUACUAUGACUUCAAAACGUACUGCAAAGGGCGAUGGAUCGGGAAAAGCCUCCUGGAGGUGUUCAAGGACGAAUUCAGGUCAGAGUCGAUCGAGUAUUAUCAGAAGGCGGCUCAAGAAGGACGUAUCCGACUGAACGAGACCAUCGUGGAGGACCUGUCCAUAGUGCUCAGGAACAACGACCACAUGAGGAACACGGUGCAUCGCCACGAGCCCCCCGUGGUGGGCAGACCCCUGGAGGUGAUCGCUGACGAUGGGGAGGUGCUGGUGGUGGACAAGCCGGCCUCCAUCCCUGUUCACCCGUGCGGCCGGUUCCGCCACAACACGGUGAUCUUCAUCUUGGGCAAGGAGCUGAACAUCUCCGGGCUCCACACGGUCCACAGGCUAGACCGCCUCACCUCCGGGGUGCUAAUGUUUGCCCGCACGCUGGAGGUGUCCCAGAAGCUGGACCAGCUGGUCAGGGACAGACAGCUGGAGAAGGAGUACGUGUGCCGCGUGGACGGGGAGUUCCCGGAGGAAGAGCGGAUCUGCGAGGAGCCCAUCCUCGUGGUCUCCUUCAAGGUGGGCCUCUGCCGGGUCCAUCCUAAAGGCAAGGACUGCCGUACGGUCUUCAAGAGGCUGAGCUUCAACGGCAGCUCCAGCGUGGUCCGCUGCCGGCCGCUCACCGGCCGCACGCACCAGAUCCGCGUCCACCUCCAGUACCUGGGGUUCCCCAUCCUGAACGACCCCGUCUACGGCGCCUCGGCCUGGGGCCCGCUGAGGGGCAAGGGCGGGCAGGUGGAGAAGAGCGACGAGGAUCUGCUGAAGGACCUGAUGGAGGAGCAUCGCUCCAAGGACAGCCUCCACCUGCUGGAUAUACCGGAGGAGGAGGUCAAACCCGCCCCGGGGGAGGGGAAGGCGCAGGUUCCGGUUUCACCGGGGCAGGAGAACAAAGAUCGACUGAACACUAUUGAGCCUGAUGGUUCCUGUCCUGCAGAGAGCGGUUCACCGGCGGGCGUGCAGCGGGACGGCCCAGCAAGGUCGAGCAGACCUGAGGGUGGAGAGGACGUUCGGAUCAGGACUGAGGAUCAGCCUUUAGAGAACCUGAGCAGCGACCGGGACUCGGUGAGGAACUCCCAAUGCCACGCGGCAGCCAAUGAGGAGCCCCCGGAGGCCGUUGCCCCUCUGAAGCCCCUCCCCCCGGGAACCAGAGACCGGCUCUGCAGCGAGUGUAAGAUCGUGAGGCAGGACCCCACGGAGAAGGAGCUCGUCAUGUUUCUCCAUGCCCUGCGCUACAAAGGGCCCGACUUUGACUACUCCACACGCCUGCCUGAGUGGGCUGAGGAAGACUGGGUCGAGGACCCAUAGGUUCAUACCUUUUUAGAGACCCAGGUAUUACGUUAAUGCCUAUUUUCACUGUAAAUCAAUGGCCGAGAUGCGUCGUUUACUAUUGCUGUGACAUUUAAAAUAUUCUUUAUACGCAGAAUUUAUUUGUGGAUGAAGAGAUGCUGCAACACAAUGGUUGACCAUUAAGUUAUUUUGAAUAUGUUCUUGCUAGAACAAAGCUUUCAGCUUUAAAUAAUGGAGCUGGAUAGUGUCAUAAAACUGUAUUUUCUUUUUAUUAUUUCCUCCAGUUACCAGUUUGACAAUUGUAACGGUAAGGGUGGCAACAUUUCUUAUUUCUCUUGUUCCCACAGAGCCUGUGAUGAUCACCUUCUUGUUCUAUGACAAGUCAUUUGUAAGCAUUUCAUUAAAACCACUCAAUCAAGAUUAAAGUCGUCAAAGAGGA